AGGAAGAGUUGCGAGCCUUUGCACACCCUUGUAGCCCAGAGUGCAGUAAACAGCCAUGAAGCUGAAGGCAAGCGUGUCCUCGUCGCGCCGAAAGAACCGCAAGGCGCACUUCACUGCACCCUCCCACAUUCGCCGCAAGAUCAUGAGCGCCCCCUUGAGCAAGGACCUCCGUGCCAAGUAUUCAGUGCGAGCUGUGCCAAUUCGUCGUGACGAUGAGGUAGUCAUUGUGAGGGGUCAUUUCCAUGACCGUGAGGGCAAGGUGACCCAGGUGUACCGCAAGAAGUUCUGCAUCCAUGUGGAGAGGGUCACCAGAGACAAAGCAAAUGGCCAGACAGUGCCGAUUCCUAUUCACCCCUCCAAGGUCAUGAUCACAAAGCUGAAGUUGGACAAGGACAGAAAGGCACUGCUUGAUCGCAAGAGCGGCGCCACCAAGAAGGGCAAGUACACCGAGAAAGACACUGCGUAGAGAGGAAAACGAGUCAGAUGGAACCCCAAUGCCAGACAAAAGCAGAAAAAAUACUGAAAAUGCAGA